GAUAACCAAUGGCAAGACUUGGCAUAUGUGUGCUCAUUUUGCUAUGCGCAUUUGCCUCUAAAGCAGCUGCUCAAACAGCUUCUAACGUAAGAGCUACUUACCAUUACUACUAUCCCGAGCAAAACGGUUGGGACCUUUACAAAGUAAGUGCGUAUUGCUCGACGUGGAAAGGAGACCAACCUCUCGAAUGGCGUAGGAAGUAUGGCUGGACAGCUUUCUGCGGUCCGGUUGGACCUCGUGGUCGUGAUUCUUGCGGAAGAUGCUUAAGGGUAACGAAUACUGCGACCGGAGCACAAGCUACUGUGAGAAUCGUGGAUCAAUGCAGUAACGGCGGUUUGGACUUGGACGAUGGCGUUUUCAAGCAGCUCGACACCAACGGUCAAGGAUACGCUCGUGGGAACAUGAUUGUCAACUAUGCCUUUGUCAAUUGCUAAAAAGAUCUUCAAGUCUCCUCCAAAGUGCAACGUCUUGCAUCUUAUUAUCAGCAUCACCUUUAACAUGUUAAUGUAAGAUAAAAUAAAUACCACGAGCUCUCACUCCUUUAUAGUAAAGAUAAAUCAUAAUUGUGAAAAAAAAUAAAUCAUAAUUGUGUGUAUGUGUGUAACCUACUGAGAAAUAAAGAGAUAUAUCAAC